AUGGCUUUAGGACUGUUCUGGGCAACGGUCUCGUUGGUAGUCUUCUUGCUCAUAUCGACAGCAGAUAUGCUGGGCUACUUGAAGCCGAAGAACCACUUCGAUGUCGAUGGCAAGACUGUGGUCGUCACCGGCGGCUCUCAGGGCAUGGGACGGGCAUUGGGGAAAUUGCUUGCACAGAGAGGAGCGAACGUAGUCAUCGUUGCCAGGGACAGGCAGAAGCUGGAGGCUGCCCUGAAGUACAUUUCGGCUGCAGCAAAGGAUGUUGAGAAGCAACGCUUCCACUACAUCAGCGCGGAUGUUACCAAAUCUGAAGAGAACAUCCGCAUCGUCGAGGAGGUCACUUCCUGGAACAAUGGAAACUCUCCUGAUGUUGUUUGGGCAAACGCAGGUGGCGCUUACUCAGAGCUGUUCAUCGACACUCCAGUCGAGCUCAUGCGCUCGCAGAUGGACUUGAACUAUUUUGCAGCCGCGUACCUCGCCCACGCUACGCUCCGGUCCUGGCUCAGGCCUGCGUCGACAAAGCAGACGUCAGAAGCUGCAGCAGCUGUGGCCCCACGACACUUCAUCAUCACGUCUUCGGUGGUCUGCUUCGUCGGUCUCGCCGGUUACUCGCCGUACGCACCAGCCAAAUCAGCCUUGCGAUCUCUCGCGGACAGCUUGCGCUCUGAGGUCAGACUGUACAACGGAUAUCGCCGUGCAAACCCUUCCAAGGGUCCUGCCGCGGACGUCGAGAUCCACUGCGUAACUCCAGGCACCAUCUUCUCGCCGGGGCUGGACAAUGAGAACAAGACCAAGCCUGCGGUGACCCAUAUCCUUGAGGAGAGCGACCCGAGGCAGACCGAGGACGAGGCCGCGACAGCCGCGAUUAAAGGACUUGAAAGGGGUGGCUAUUUGAUUACGACGCAAUGGCUUGGAUCGUUGUUGAGGGCAGGCAUGUUGGGCGGCGUACCAAGAAAUGCUGUUUUCAUGGACACCAUGAAAGCCUGGCUCACUCCAGUCAUCUGGCUGUUCAUGCAACCAGAUCUCGAGGGGAAGGUGUUGCGGUGGGGGGAGAAGAAUGAGGUGAAGUUGCCACAGUAG